AAGCGCGGAACACUAUUAUUUGAUUUCACGACAGCAAAAACCUUUCAGUUUUCUUUUUCUUGCUAAAACCUCUAUCUAAAAAGCCUCUUGAUCGAAUAUUACGCUAUUUAAAAUAUUUUCGUAAAAUUUUCAUUUGACGUUCAGUUUCAAUUUCAAUUGUUAUUGUUGAACUUUUACUUGCGUUGUUUGUUAUUAUUUACUGAUACGGGUUAUAAGCGAUUGUAUUUUAGCUAAACCUCGAUACUAUUAUAAUAGUUAAUUUGUUUUAGAUUAAUAUGUUGUUACAUUUAUUUAUAGUGUUUUCUUUUAGUUUUAAUUUUAAUUUAGCAUUUAACGAAAAUGCUCCCGUAGUUAUAACGACGUGGGCGUUUACAAAUGCAACUAUAAAAGCUUGGGAUAUUUUGAGAGUCGGUGGUAAAGUUUUGGAUGCCAUAGAACAGGGUGCUUCGGUGUGUGAAGAGAUGCAAUGUGAUGGAACUGUAGGGUAUGGUGGUAGUCCAGAUGAAAGUGGGGAGACCACACUAGAUGCCCUUAUUAUGGAUGGAAAAACAAUGAAUGUUGGUGCUGUUGGAGCACUUCGCAGAGUAAAGAAAGCAAUAUCUGUAGCUCGAAGGGUAUUGGAGCACACUCACCAUUCCAUCCUCGUUGGUGACCAAGCCACACAGUUUGCUGUUCAAAUGGGCUUCCAUGAGGAGUCACUUACCACUCCAGUGUCAAAGGAUCUGUGGGAAGAUUGGCAUAAGGAAAAACACUGUCAACCCAACUUUUGGAUUGAUGUUGAGCCAGAUCCAAAACAACAUUGUGGUCCUUACCACGAAUUAAAGCCAAAGACUACUACUACUGAGACUACUGAGAAGCCAAAAACCGAAAAGACUACAACUACUGAAAAGGCUAAAACUGAAAAGAAGGGUCAUCUUGAAAAGGCUUAUUUUGAAAAAGCUAAUACUCCUGAGGUGCACAUGCUAGUAAAUAGAUUCAAUCAUGAUACUAUCGGAAUGGUGGCCAUUGACAGUUAUGGUGAUAUGGCUGCUGGUACUUCCACCAAUGGUGCUAAAUUUAAAAUACCUGGGCGUAUUGGUGACUCUCCGAUACCGGGAGCUGGUGCCUAUGUUGAUAAUGAAGUGGGUGGGGCGGCCGCCACCGGAGACGGUGACGUCAUGAUCAGAUUUUUGCCAAGUUAUGUAGCAGUUGAUGAAAUGCGACGAGGUGCAAUGCCGGAAGACGCAGCAAGAAUAGCUAUAAAGAAGAUAGCUGCUUACUAUCCAGAUUUCAUGGGGGCCGUUAUAGCUUUGACAAAAUCUGGACUACACGGCGCUGCUUGCCAUGGGUUGAAAAAGUUUCCUUACGUAGUACAGGACGAUACCAGAAAAACAUGUGAAGUCAUUGAAGUACCUUGUGAAAAAAAAUGUUGUCCAUAGUAAAUUGUAGUGAGUAAUAUUGAGUAAAGUUAUUCAAAACCUGA